AUGGCUGCAGUUGAGAAAGCAAUAGGCAAGGAUGCGCCCACCAACGCGCGAGGCAUCCCAUUCGCGCCCUUCGUGGAGCGAGUCGAGGACUAUGUCGCGACCAGGGCAGAUGUCGAGCCAACACUCAAGAGUUUCCAGGAGAUGAUCUCCAAGUACCAGUUCAUGGAAGCGAACAACCAACGAAGAGUGGCGGGCCUGAAGGACAAGAUCCCGGAUAUCCAGAAGACGCUGGAGACUGUGCGCUUCCUGCAGACGAGGAAGUCUGAUGCGGAACCGCUCGAGAGCACCUUCGAGCUGAACGAUACGCUCUAUGCGAAAGCCAACAUCCACAAGACGGAAGAAGUCUACCUAUGGCUUGGCGCGAACGUAAUGCUUGCAUACCCCCUCGCUGAAGCAGAGUCGCUUCUCGAUGGCAAGCUUGAAGCGGCCAAAGGAAGUCUAGCCAAUUGCGAAGAGGACCUAGAUUUCCUACGUGAACAAAUCACGACUAUGGAAGUCGCCACAGCCCGUGUCUACAACUGGGAUGUCGGCAUGCGCCGCAAGGAGAAGCCGGAUGACAAGGCUGACGAUGAGGGAGAUGCAAAGGCCGCUCUCAAAAGCUAG